UUUCCAGAGCUGCAUUAUAAAGUGCACUAUUCUUCAGAGAAAUGCAUCGGCAUAAUGCAACAUUUACUGUGGUUUUGGCGUUGUCCUGCUUGUUGGUGGCAGUGAAUUGCCUUACAAUACAAGAACUGCGAGCGCAAAUUGCACAACAGCGCAUUCAACAACGGUACGGCAUUACUACAACUAGUGAACCCACUACCACCUCGAGUAGUAGCUCGAAUUCGAGUACAUCUACUUCGGAAACUACUACAACCACUGCGACAACAACCUCAACCACAGAGUCAACGACACAAAGUGAAGCUUCCACCAACAGCACUGAUACGACAACGACUGCUAGCGAAUCUACAACCACCGAAUCGUCAAGCACCGGUACAACGAGUGUUGAGGAUGGGUUGAUAGCACAGUACCGUGACCAAGUGCGACAGCAAGCUAUUCAGCGUGCGUUGGCCAGGGCAAGUGCGUUAGGGUAAUUUGUUUGUGAUCUUCCUGAUCGACAUCAUUUUCAGUGUUUCCAAAAAAAAAAUAUGCAAAAAGGUAUAGCAAAUUAGUUUAAAUAUUAUUUACGAAGUUACUUGAAUCGACUCAACAGAACAGGAUAAAUUGUGUUCCCAAAUGAAACGGAAGCCCGUAGCAAAGAACGUUCAUAAUCAAAUCUAAAUAAAACACAGCAUGAAAUCGUCCGUACUGCGGAACUCGCACAGAACAAGAUGGCGAUGGGAUGGGGCAAUAGCCCAUUUCGAGCCGUAAACGUUUAGCAGUGGCUGGUGAAAACGAAAUCGAAAUAUUGCUCCGAGCGGAAGGACACUUGUUGAACGAUACGGCUAAGAUUGGUUUUACCUGCGGGACGGCGGAAACGCAAAUGUGGUGCGGAAAAGCGCUCUCUGCAGCGAAUCAUAAAAAAAAGCGAGUUGAAUCUUAUUUCCCCUUAUACACCCCAAAAGCCUGGCUGUGUAACUGGGCAGAACGAGUGGAGUGGAACCGAGUGCUCGGUUCCGCGAUACAUGAUGAUACCGCCGCAGCCUCGCAAAAAAACACGAUGAAGUGAAUUUUAAUGAAUAUUAUUUAUGUACGUUGUUUUUAUUUAUACACAUUUUAAAC